AGUUGCACUUGAAAAAUGGCAGAAGCAGUUUUUCAUGCCCCAAAGAGGAAAAGAAGAGUGUGUGAGAAUUAUGAGUCUCCGUUUCCCAUCCCUUUUGGUCAGAAAGACUUCAGAAUAUUUCGUGCUGAAAUGAUAAACAACAGUGUAAUUGUGAAGAACGCAGACGAUAUCAAGCAGCUGUAUGAGAAAGGUUAUUUUGGAAAAGGAAUCCUGUCUAGAAGCCGUCCAAGCUUCACAAUUUCAGAUCCUAAGCUGGUUGCUAAGUGGAAAGAUAUAAAGACAAAUAUGCCUAUAAUCACGUCAAAGAAGUAUCAGCGUAGUAUAGAAUGGGCCACAAAGCUCAUGCAAAGACAGGGGCAGGAUGAGAAUACAGUGCAUAGAAUCCUUGAAGAUUACACAAAACCACUUGAGUGUCCUUGCACACAGCGGAACAACGAGCUUCCUUUGCAUGAUGAGCUGAACUCUGAAAUAGUUUCCAAAAUGGAAGCCACAGUGGAUAGAGAGAAGCUUUCUGUGAUGAACGGGGACUCAGGAAAGUCAGAUGAUAUGGAGGAUCCCAGCAAGCAAUCAGACUGCCUACAGGAGGGCUCUGGGCAUGACCCACUAACUGCAAAUGGCUUGGAUGAACACCUCUUAGAGGUCACUGUACCUUUGCCCCAAGUCCAUUGUAGCAAACAAGAUAUUCUCCUUCCCCAGUGUGGCACUCAAGACAGCAGCCAACGAGGAGGUCUCAUCUCUGCUGGAGAGGGAGGAUCUGAUGAGUACGUGCUGGUGGAGGAAGUGGUGUGUGAUGUGAACGAGAGGGAAGAUGCCCCAAAUGAGGAAUUGGCACAAAAGGAGAGAUUAAUAUGUAGAAGAAAUCCAUAUAGGAUCUUUGAGUAUUUGCAACUCAGCCUAGAAGAGGCCUUCUUCCUGGUCUAUGCUCUGGGAUGUCUAAGUAUUUACUAUGAAAAGGAGCCUUUAACGAUUGUGAAACUCUGGAAAGUUUUCACCGUAGUUCAGCCCACAUUCAGGACUACCUACAUGGCGUACCAUUACUUCCGAAGCAAGGGCUGGGUGCCCAAAGUGGGACUUAAGUACGGAACAGAUUUACUGCUGUAUCGGAAAGGACCUCCAUUUUACCAUGCAAGUUACUCUGUCAUUAUUGAGUUAGUUGAUGACCAUUUUGAGGGCUCUCUUCGAAGACCUUUCAGUUGGAAGUCCCUGGCUACCUUGAGCAGAGUUUCGGUGAAUGUUUCCAAGGAACUCAUGCUGUGUUAUUUGAUUAAACCCUCUACCAUGACUGACAAAGAAAUGGAGUCACCAGAAUGUAUGAAAAGAAUUAAAGUUCAGGAGGUGAUUCUGAGCCGCUGGGUUUCUUCACGAGAGAGGAGUGACCAAGAUGAACUUUAACAAUUCAACCUCAGA